UUUAUUUUGAUUGAAUCAAUGACUUCAUUGAUUUCAUCUUUGGAAUUGAUUUGAAUUUAUUGAUUUCAUCAAAUUAUCACCAAUCAUCAAUGUAUAUUAAAUUCACUUAUCUAAGCUUUCAGUCUAAUUUACACAAAAGUAACCACAUUAUAAUGCGGUAACCCCAAAUUAGAUUUUAAUCCUAGAUAAAUGUUUAUACAAUAAACACCUAUAUACAGUUAACAUUUAUUUAUAGGUGCUUGUUACAUAAAUAUUUUAUUUUCCUGAGGCUUUAUAUAAAGCCUAAGGUGAAAAAGAUAAUAAUAGGCAUGUUACCAAUAAAAAAUAAAACAAAUCAAUAUUAUAGUGAAAACAAAUCAAUAUUAUAAUAUUCUAUUACUAAUUAAAAACAUAACAAUAAUAUAACAUUUAAAAACCUAAAAGUAAGCCAGCUAUUGAAUUGGUUGAAUUUUAAUAAUUAUUUUAAUUUGUUUUUUAGUUUGAAAAAAGAUCUGCUAUUUCAAUCAACUAACUACAUUACUACCGGUUUACAUUUUUAAACAUGGAUUUUACUCAGUAUAACUACCCUGAUAUUGAAGAUAACGUUCCUAUAAGCUCAAAUAUAGUUGAACAUGUGAAUCCAUUAGCAGAGGAAAAUGUUAUAGAUUUCAAUGUGCAAAAAGAUGAAGAUGAUAAAGUUAUGACGACAAUGGAGAACCUUAAUAGGUGUGGUAAUGGCAUUGCAGUUGAAAAUACUAUUGUAAAAACUUUGAUCUUGGUUCCACCAAUAUUACAGGUUGAGGAAUCCCUGUUAUCUCUUGGUAGUCAUGGAAAUGUUGAUGGUAUUUUCCACUGCUUAUUAAUUAAAGUUGAUGUUUCCAGAAAAGAAACAUUUCUUGCUAGAUAUUUUGAGUUUGGCAGUUUCACGGCUUACUUUGAAAAUGUUGCUCUUGGAAAACUGAAGCAAAAUCUAGGAAUCGAAGAAAUUCUUCCAUACUGCACUUUCACAAUAAAAGAUGUUGAAAUGGAGAUAGUACUUAAAAAUGAAACCUUCUGCCACAGAGCUAAGAGUAGAUUGUUUAAGCUAAUAUACAAUUCAUAGGGUGUAUACAUAUAUAGUGUAUAUAUAUACAGGGCCGGAUUUAGCCUUUUGGGGGCCCUAGGCCAAAACAUUUUUGAGGCCCCUGAAAUAAUUUAAUUUUGGGAAAAAAAAUUUUUUAUUUUUUUAUUUAAAAUUUUAUUAUUUAAACAAAACAGUGUGAAUAUUG